ACAUUAUAAACCAUAUUUAUAAAGGCAUAAAUACAAAAAAAAUCCUAAAGGAAUAUAAAGAAGAUCAUAAGUACUCUUGGAUAAAGACAAAUGGAAUAGUAAGUUAUUUAUCUGUUGAUUUCUUGUAUUGUGAGGUGGUCCUUUAGUAACAUUGACAUAUGCUUGACGCUACUGAGACUGCUUUUCUAUUGUGACAUAUAUGAACUAAAUGUAAUCAGAGGCUUUAUUCAAUAUACUUCUUACUCAAAAAGAAGGAUGAUUAUAAAUGACAAUUAUGUAACCAAAGUCGUGAUCCACUUGGCCUAGGUGAAGUGGUAUUUAAACCCCAAAAAAUGGACUACAUGCAGUUUGGGUUUAACAUCUUGCCUGGUUUUAACAACAUUGGAUGGGGCAUAUUUAGGUGAUCCUGGGCCCAAUAUCAUUGAUGGGGUUAUUCAUCUUUUUUUUCAGAGAAGUAUUUAGACUAGAAUGAUUAUGCUCAAUAUUCCAAAGAGAAAUUUGAUGGUGGUUUGAUCAUCUAAAGAUCUUACUAAAAGAUUUUGACAUUGAAGGAGAGUCAUAGGCUGUGACUGUGUAUGUCAAGUUUUAAAAAUUACCCUUUGUUGUAGUUGCUGUUGGUGUGCCACGUAGUAAUUUGAGAUAAGUCAUGUAUCCUUAAUGCGUGUAAAUUAGGAUAGUAUUUCUUCUAUUAUUUAGAAUUUGAGAUGUUAACAAUUGUUCUUUCCUUUGGGUCGUUUUGGGGAAUGAUGGGAUGUUUUGCUUUCAGGCCUCUCAUGUGUUAUGUCUAUGCACAAAGCACAAGGAUUAGGCUCGUACAGCACAGUUAGCUAUUUGGAGAUAUACAGGCUUAUGGCCGAUAUUCAGUUGGGUGCUCAUACUAUAAAAUCCCAUGGAGUAAAGGUGGCAAGGUUUCACAUGCGUGACUGGAUUAUACUACUAGUCCUUGGGGUGAUAGUAGUGAUACUGAAUGUUAUAGAUCCAUUUUAUCGCUUUGUGGGGAGAGACAUGAUGACUGAUCUGAAGUACCCACUGAAGAGUAACACAGUGCCAUUUUGGGCUGUUCCAGUGAUUGGAAUUGUACUGCCUUCUGCUAUUUUCAUUGCAGUAUACUUCAGAAGGAGGGAUGUAUAUGAUUUGCAUCAUGCAAUACUGGGGCUUUUGUAUUCUGUGCUUAUAACUGCGGUGAUAACUGAUGCAAUCAAGGAUGCUGUUGGUCGACCUCGGCCUGACUUCUUUUGGCGCUGUUUUCCUGAUGGAAAAGAGGUUUACGAUAAUGCCACAAGAAAUGUUAUAUGUCAUGGAGAGAAGGGUGUUAUCAAGGAAGGGCACAAAAGUUUUCCAAGCGGGCAUUCUUCAUGGUCAUUUGCAGGCCUCAGUUUUCUUGCCUGGUAUCUUUCAGGCAAAAUCCAAGCUUUUGAUCGCAAAGGGCACAUUGCCAAACUUUGCAUUGUGUUUCUUCCUCUACUAGGUGCAGCACUUGUUGCAAUUUCUCGAGUGGAUGAUUAUUGGCAUCAUUGGCAAGACGUAUUUGCUGGUGGCCUUUUAGGAUUAAUAGUUGCUUCAUUUUGUUAUCUGCAAUUCUUCCCACCACCUUCUGAUGCAGAUGGUUGGGGCCCUUUUGCAUAUUUCCAGAUGUUGGCAGAGACACGCAAUAGCAUUCAUGGAUCAACUAAUACAAAUGCUCUUGCUUCGCGCCAAUCAGAUAUUGGAACUUUUAACAUCUCAUCUGAACAUCUUGUUGGGAUCCGCAUAUGAGAGAUGCAAACACAAUUCUAGAUAGUGGAAGCUGGCAGGAGAGAUUAAUUUUGGACACCUGAGGUAAUAUGAAGUCCCUUCUUGACAGUGUGGAUUAGAAAUCAAUGUACAAAUUUUUCCAGUCCUGCAUUCUCGUUUCACAAUGUAUGAAGUGCUUGUUGGUUCCUUGGUAAGUAUCUCAAAUAUUGAAAAAAACUAUACUAAAUGCUGCAAUGACUGAUACCUCAUUCA